AGAUUCAAAAAAACUGCGAAGAGAGAGAGAGAGAGAGACCAAACCUCCCUUCCAUUGCCCCGUCGUAGCUGCUUCUCCCCCAGGCCAGCCCCAGCACCACCCAGGCCCUCCUCGAUCCCAAACUCCAGAAAGAUUUUGCCUUUCCUCUCAUCUUCUCCCCAAAUCUAAUUCCUCGCAAUCUCCCUUGUCGGGGUCGAUUCCUUCGAUCUGCUCCGUUAUUGCCCUCCGGCUUCCCGCUGCUUCUUGAGUUUUGGACACUGCAUGAGUCUAUGAACUCGCCCUUGUUAAAGGAUUCAUCCAAUUCAGAUAGCUCGCGCGGCAAGAUUCGGCCUUUGAGCCGGUGCGCGACGGUAUUGGUCCAGCUGAACCCGCCUCGGCGUUCUGGCCUGUGACCUAAUUCGGUGGCAUUCUGGUGGGGGUGAUGGAGCAGGGGCGGAAUCAGCAGCAGCUGUCGAGUCCGCCGCCUGUUUUGGCCGCCGCGAGCGAGACGAAGGCCCCUGCGGUGUCUUCGCAGCAGCCCAAGCCGGCGGCCCCCGUGAUGCCGGUGCCUAGACAGUGGCCGAUGGCCUUCAACCCCCUGAAGCCUUCCACUGAAGUGAAAAGUGUUACUCCAAAGAAAAAGAAGCAUUGUAAUUGUAGAAACUCAAAAUGUUUGAAGAUGUACUGUGAAUGCUUUCAAGAACUUCAAUACUGUGAUGGCUGCAACUGUUCAAAUUGUGGAAACAUUGUUGGGAAUGAGAAUGCCAGAAACGAAGCAAUUGAGGCAAUUCGUCAACGUAAUCCGUCUGCUUUUCAGCCUAAAAUUGAAAAUGGCCCAAAUACACUCAAUGUUCGAAAGGAUAAUUCUGGAGCAGUGCCUGUUGUAGCAAAGCACCAUAAAGGUUGUCAUUGCAAGAAGUCAGGAUGCCUAAAGAAGUAUUGUGAAUGCUACCAAGCAAAUGUUUUUUGCUCCAAAAAUUGUAGAUGCAUGCACUGUAAGAACUCUGAAGGAAAUGAAGACACAGAAACUUCAAGUCAAAGGGACCAUGCAUCUGACAGAAGUCACAUUCAACAAGCAGCUAAUGUAGCAUUCAAUGGUACUGUUGGAUCAUCAGGAUAUAUCUGUUCUCUGAGUAGAAAAAGAUCUCAUGAAGAUGCCCUAGGUGUUAGGAUAAAGUCUGAAGGAAGCAUGCCAGAGACACAGACACAAUAUCAACAGGGUAACCAUGCAGAUGUUUCACCGCUUGCACCCUGUUCCACAGGAUUUGAUAGGCACAAUGCUGCCAAUUCUAAAUCAAAUAACCCAAUCUACAGGUCUCCACUAGCAAACACCAUCCACCUCAGGGAGGUUAAUGAUUUAGUCAAGCAUUUGGUGAUGGUUUGCAGAAUGGCUGAAGCAAAAAUAGCUGAAGAGAAGGGAUUCCAGUCAAAUAAUGGGUUAAGCAAUGGUAACUGCAAACAGCAGGACUUCAAAGAAACCUCCUCGAUAGACAUCCUUAGCAAAGGAUGUAGUCAUCAACCAAACAUCAAUGAAAUGGGCUUCCAUUGGUCUGAAACUUCGAAUGUUUCUAGGCCUGCAUCUCCAACAACACAAUCACUAAUGUGUGAUGAACAAAAUACCACAUUUGGAAAUGAGCCUGCAUCUCCAACAACACAAGCACUAAUGUGUGAAGAACAGAAUACCACAUUUGGAAAUGAGCCUGCAUCUCCAACAACACAAGCACUAAUGUGUGAAGAACAGAAUACUACAUUUGGAAAUGAUUAUAAAAGUUCAUUUCCUUUGGUUUCGCGUGGUCAAGAUAUUUCUGAGAUAAAUGCUGUGCAAGAAAACCUAGUAUUGACUGGGCUGCGACAGUAUCUCUGUACAAUUAUCAGACGUGGAAGAACAAAUGAACAAAAUUCCUCAUUAGAGGCAACAAUGGAAUUGGAUGCCGGACAGCAUCAUGGAGCACCACCUGCUUUUUCUGCAAUAGAAACUGAAGAAAAUUUUCCUUCUUCAAGCACUAUUGAAACCCCAAGAACUAAUCAACAACCUACACCAAAUGGUGGAUCGAAAGAUAGUAUUGCAAGCUAAAUAAAACUAGGUACAGAACUCGGCCUCUUCAUUUCAAGACGCCUGCACUGCAAAUGAUUUCUGUACAUAGAUGGGCAUUGGGCAAGAUAGAUAGUAUAGUCCUUGUUGCCAUAUCUGGCAACCGGCCUUGUAGGAACACGACAACCAUUCAUGAGACAUAAUUCAAUAAAUUAUAAUUCAUUGUUUGAUGCUCGAGUUGACUGACUCUGGUUUUCUGUAAAGCUGACACUUCCUGAUUUGAUUACUGAAAAUAAUUUUCAGUUUCCAGGCUGUGAGUAUGUGAAUACGUUGCCAUGUUAUGUGAAGUUGUAUUCUGAAACAGAGAAGCCGUUCCAUGCACAUAAUUUUAAUUCUCCGCGGCAAACAGGUAGCAGCAGCUGUAUUGUAUCCUUUGGUUUUGGCGUACAUAGUUGUCCUCCGAAGCUGAAAUAUUGAAACAUUGUAGUUUAACUGCAAAAUAAGAGAAAAAAAA